AUGGGGAAAAUUACCAAGUUCUCGAGCUGGACGGCGCUGCUACCCUUUUCUUCUUCGUCGUCUCCGUCGCCUCUCGCUCUUGCUCUCGCCUCAUCUCUGCUCGUCUCCGAAUCAGAAACCGUUCCUUCCUUUGAUUUUGAUUUCAACUGUUUAAGCAACUAUGCAUACAUAGAGUCGCUGUCACUCCCAAGUGAAUAUGGUGUAAGCAUGAAAACACCACCAACAGAGACAAACCAGAAGAAUUGUGGGAUCCACCUUUCAGGUACUGAUAUGGAUGAUGUUGCAGCAUUAUGUGGCAGGAGGCUAAGAUAGAGCUAUAUGAUAUGACACGAGACUCUUUUGAUGCUUAUUGUUGUAUUUAUAUUUAACACAUGAUGAGUGUGUAUUUUGAUAGAGCAUAGAGGGUGUUUAUGCCUAUGUUGUAUAAGACUUGUACAUUUGUUAGUGGAAUAUGUAUAGGUUAUGCAAAUAAGUAUGUGUAAUACUUUUAUUGUAUGAUGUUUAUCAUUGAUGAUAUGUUG